AUGCAACAAACGCUGCAUAAGUCGGUCUCCAUGCACGAAGCGACUUCGUCUUGUAACUGCACCGCUAAUGGCACCAAUGAUACUGGUGUUGACACCAGUUGCGUACGUGAACCUUCCCGUGAAGAUGUAAUCGCUGAAUCUCACUCGCUCGGGGAAUGCUGGUACAAUUGGUAUACGCAGGAACUUUGGAACACUGCAACGGAAAAGAAACAGCAAUUUGUGCGUGUCGAUCUCAAGGCGCGCGUUAACGUGAUGAUGAUAGGAGCAGGUCGAGAUAUCAACGUAUCUUCUCCACUGUUGGACCGUGAUGGAGUAUCUUACCGUAUGUGGGAGCAGGCGCUCAGGACGCUGGCGGAAGAUAUGAACCGCAAGACCAACAGGGCACUGGGCAACAUUGACAGGGAUGGAAACUCUAAGACGGCAAGAUCUUUGCGGAAACGCUGGAGAAACUGGAGGCUCAAACAUCGACAAGAAUACGACGCGUUUUGUUCUGAUUUCAUCACGCUGAAAGCAUGCAACAGCAUUGUCGACUGCUUCACACCGGAUACGCACUUGUGGAGACAAAAAGACUUGGAGUAG